AUACGUACUUAAAUUCAUACACCAUCCGUCUCAUAUAUAACUGACACUAGUUUACUUACAACUAUUAUGAAGUUACGCAAGAUUCUAAUCCAUAAAAUCUUUUUAUUAUGAAGUUAUGAGAUAUUCUAAUCCAAUAGAAUCUUUCUCCUUUUUAAAAAAAAAAAAAUCAUACUACGUCAUCGUAGCUAUUCUAAUUUCUAAAUCAUGACACGGUUUAUAUAUCACGACCCAAAGCCAAAAUAAUUUAUUCCCUCAUAAAAAUUUCCAAAUAACCCAACCCGAAUCUAAUUAAACACAACCCAACCCAAACCGAACUAUAUUGUGAUCCAACCCGAAUUGACGCUUCUUCUUGCGUGCCUUUCGGUUAGAUUUGAUUUAUGCUUUACAAACACAAAAUCAAACCCAGAAAACAAAAUCAUUUUCAGAAGAAAACGAGAGAGAAUAAUGCUGAGAAGAAAACCAACAAAAAUCGAAGUAAAAUUAGAAGAUAAAGAAGAACUCCAACAACUCCAAUCACGCUUCACCACGCCUUCUUCCACCUCCGACACCACCUCCUCCGCCGCCGCAACAACCACCACCACCACCACUCUUCUGCAACACUUCGAUCGAUCUUCCUCCAAACCACAACGAAUCGGCCUCUCUUCCCCUUAACAAUGGAGGUCGAAGUCAAGCUCAGACUCCCUCAUUCCGCCGCACACCAAUCUCUCUCCUCCGUCCUUUCGCCGUUUCUCCGGCGAACCCACUUUCAGCACAACGUCUUCUUCGACGGCGCCAAUUCCGAGCUUUCUGCGCUUCGUGCUGUUCUUCGAUUGAGGUUUUAUGGCGAAGAUCCCCAAACAGCAGAACGCUGCGUUUCGAGUCUUAAAGCGAAAGCUAUUCUUGUUAAUGGGGUUAGUAGAGUUGAGGAAGAUGAGGAAGAUGUUGAUCCGUUUGUGGGUCGGGAGAUUUGGGCUAACCCGAAUCUAAUUGGGUUGUCGGAUUCUAGGGUUUUGAAGAGGGUGAAGGAGGAAUUUGGGGUUAAGGAUGAAUCUGGGUAUGUUUGUUUAGGAGGAUUUAAGAAUGUAAGAGGGGUUUAUGAAUGGAAAGGGUUGACAUUAGAGUUGGAUGAGACACUGUUUGAUUUUGGGACUUUGUAUGAGAUUGAAUGUGAGAGUUCUGAGCCUGAUAAAGCUAAGGAGAUGAUUGAAGAGCUCUUGAAGGAUAAUGGGAUUCCUUAUUCUUGCUCUAAGAUGUCGAAAUUCGCCAUCUUUCGAUCCGGGGAACUUCCAUUGUGAGUGGUGUUGGAUUUCAUUGCUCUGCUGAUACUUUGUUUAAUGCUAUUUGUAUGCUUGGCUUUAUGAUAUGGUCUUUUGUUAAGUGUAAUUCUACUUUGAUAUUGAUUAUAUGAUUGAGAUAUUUCAUGAAUUGAACUUGAACCGCUUAUGUAUUGUAUUUGCUUUGGUCUAAUGGUAUGUUAAUUACAUUGUUUGAUGAUUGCUCA